AUGGGUAAAAUAGAAGCAACGAGCAAGGAGGAAAAAUUAAGGGUACAGAAGGAGGCUGAAGCCAGAAGAAGGGCUUACAGAGAUUUGAAAAAGGAAGCUAGACAGAUGCAAAAAGAAGUCAAGUUUGAUACUGACGAUAAUUCGGAAUUACCUAAGAAAAGGUUCUAUAGACAGAGAGCACACUCUAACCCAUUCUCAGACCAUAGAUUAGAGUAUCCAAGAUCCCCUGAUACAAUGGACUGGAGUAAGUUCUACCCACAAUAUUAUGAUCUGGAAUCUAAGAAAAUGACGUCCGAAGUUGAAAUUGCUGAUAUUGGCUGUGGGUACGGAGGAUUAUUGAUAAACUUAGCUCCCGAGUUUCCAGAUAAAUUAUUAUUAGGAAUGGAAAUUAGAGUCCAAGUGACGCAAUAUGUCGAAGAUAGAAUAAUUGCAUUGAGAAAUCAAUAUAGAAAUGAAUUACAAAACAACUAUCAAAAUAUUUCAGUAUUGAGAGGUAAUGCCAUGAAGUUUUUGCCAAACUUCUUUCACAAAGCACAGUUGUCCAAAAUGUUUUUCUGUUUCCCAGAUCCUCACUUCAAACAACGUAAACAUAAGGCUAGAAUAAUCACGAACACUCUAUUAGCAGAGUAUGCUUAUGUAUUAAAAGAGGGUGGUAUUAUUUAUACAAUUACAGAUGUUGAGGAUUUACAUAAUUGGAUGGUAAAACAUUUAGAGGAACAUCCAAUGUUUGAAAGGUUGAGUAAAGAAUGGGAAAAGCAAGACAAAUGUGUUUCAAUUAUGUGGAACUCGACUGAGGAAGGCAAGAAAGUCACUCGUAAUAAAGGUAGCAAAUGGGUCGCAUGUUUCAAAAGAUUACCAACUCCAGAUGAUUGUGAGUAG